AUGAGCAAGGUAAAGGACGUCAAAUUUUUCUACCUUUCGCCGAUAGAGCUGAUUGAAGCGGGCCAGAACCUCAUAAAAGUAAGUGUGUAUGCCGGUAUUGUUGGACAGGCUGAGCAGACUGAUCGACUGACUACAGGGAGGCACCAGACAGUGACCCACCUUCCAAGCGUCGCGAUUCCAUGGCACGAACCUGAGCCGAGAUUGCAGUCUACAUAUGAGCCGUGA